UGCGGACGUGACGUUGUUAGUUGCACAUGCCACGUAAGUUUCAGUUUACCUAGUGGACGUCAGCUGCAACGAUGUCCGUGUCCGGCAACUAACUGAAAUCCAAACUCAGCUGGCAGUGGAGAAAGGAAAUGGGACGUUGCGCAAUUUACAAUUUACAGUUUGGAUGGCAAGGAUUCGCGUACGUUUCUUGCCUUUGGCGACAUCGGAACGUCAAGAAAGUCGUGACUGUUUUCACGCUGACGGCCUUCCUUUACGUGACGUUGUGGCUCACUCAAAACGGCCACGACGAACAGCUUCGCGCACGCAAUCUCGGACUGAAGAUCAACAUCAUCAAGUGGUCGGCCGGAGGUGAAACGGAACGAAGCGAUUCCAAUCGCAGGAUCUUCUUUCACGAGACGAGCGGCCGCAGCGAUCUGAGUUUGAGGCAAACGUGCGCGGUCGAAUCGGCCGCCAAACACAAUCCCGAUCGGCCCGUCCAAGUCUUCAUGACGGCCGAUCGACUGGAAUACUCCAGCCCUUGGCUGGAAGUGCUGCAACAUUACGCCAACGUGACCAUCGUCGUGAUGGAUAUGAAAUCCUAUUUCGCCAGCACGCCGCUGGAACGUUGGUACAACGAAGGCGAAUGGCGGGCCAGUAUCCACAAGAUCGUUCACCUGUCGGACUACGUUCGCGUGCUGACUCUGCUCAAGGGAGGUGGCAUGUACAUGGACUUGGAUUACGUCACCAUCAAACGGCUGGACGAGGAGCUGUUGUGGAACUUCUUACUGUUCGAAACGGCCGACAUGAAGCUGGUGACCAACUCGGUUUUGCACCUGGAACGCGGCCACCGGCUCAUCGGCGAGAUGAUUCAACGACUAGUCAAGUAUUACGACGCCAACGAGUACAUGUGGCACGGGCCAUCGAUGGUCAGCACCGUCAUGAGCCGCACGUGCGCCGUCAAACGCGGCCAGCCCGAUUCGAACAAUUGCACGGACGUCCGUCUCCUGCCUCACGACUACUUCGCGCCCAUCUCCAACACGGAAUGGGAACUGCUGUUUAGCGACGCGACGGACGAGAGGCUCGGCCGGCUGAAGAAUUCGAGUUACGCCGUCCAUUGCUGGAGUGGCAAAUCGAAAGGUGAACAUCUCAAAGUGCAUUCGAAUCAACUGUACGCCGCUCUGGCCCGCGAACAUUGUCCGCACACGAUCGCCCUUGGUGCAGCUGACUACUUAGCCUGACCUUUCGUCAUUGUUUAAG